CGAUCCCGAGGCAUUGCCCAUGCGCGCGUUGUACUUUCGAUUUGCUAAACGUGUUGUGCAAUAUAUUUAUUAUUAUACAUUUAAACCUCGUCUUUCUAUGAUGGCAACAAGUUCUCAACAUGAAUUUUUAGAUAUUGAUGGCAGUGUGCUGGAAGGGGGUGGACAAAUUUUAAGGAAUGCCGCCACUUUGAGCUGUUUGUUAAAUAAGCCUAUUCGUGUGCAGAAAAUUAGAGCAGGAAGGAAUAAACCCGGACUUCGACCACAGCACCUUACAGGACUGCAGCUUGUUUCUGAGAUUUGUGGAGGGAAGCUAGAAAAUGCUGCUGUGAAUUCCACAGAGGUGACUCUGAUACCAGGCAAGGUCAAAGCCGGAUCAUAUAAAGCUGACACCAAAACAGCAGGAAGUAUAUGUUUAUUGAUGCAAGCAGCCAUCCCCUGCUGUUUGUUCAGUGAUGGGGAGAUACAUAUGUCCUUAAUUGGUGGAACCAAUGCUGAAAUGGCCCCUCAGAUUGAUUAUGCUCUGAUGGUAUUUCGUCCAGUUGCUGCAAAGUUUGGACUCCAUUUUGAAGGCGAAAUUAAAAGAAGGGGCUUUUUUCCUAAGGGAGGAGGAGAAGUUCACUUGAAGGUGACCCCUAGUUCUGGCUUACAGGGUGUCACAAUGACAGAUCAAGGGUCAGUCACCAAAAUACAUGGGCUGUCAUAUGUAGCAGGGGUGCUUCCUGUGAAGGUUGCUCAUAUAAUGUCUCAGUGUGCAACAGAUGUUAUAAAACAAGAUUAUCCAGGGGUUCCCAUUAAAAUCGAUGUCAAAAAAGAAAGCCAUGGAAUAGGGACAGGAUGUGGAAUCAUAGUUAUAGCAGAGACAAGCACUGGCUGCUUGCUAGCUGGAUCAGCACUGGGAAAGAAAGGUGCACCAGCUGAGAAGGUUGGUCAGGAGGCAGGAGACAUGCUUAUCAACAAUCUGUUUAAUGGUGGAUGUGUGGACGAAUUUUUACAAGACCAGUUGAUGGUCCUGAUGGCCCUGGCUGAUGGGAAGUCUGAAAUCCUGUGUGGUCCUUUGUCUCUACACACAGAAACUGCAAUACACAUAGCCUCCACAAUGACAAAUGCAAAAUUUGAAGUGAAAGAAUUGACAAAGAAUUCUACGAUAAUUAAGUGUGAAGGAAUUGGUUUAAAAGCUGCAGACAAUAGCUGAGAUACAGAAAGCUUAGAAUUGCCAUUCUCCAUGUGUUCCAAGCUUCCUCUGAGGAAAACAGUCCAGGAAAUCCCCUGUAUUGUUUUCAUGACAGUGACUUGGCUGCACCGGAGACAAAAUAGUUGUCUCUGAUUUAACCAACAACAAAACAAAAAUAAAGACUGACUAUACCACUGUACUAGAAAUCCCUAUUCUUUGAAUCACUGUACUAGAAUUCCUUAUCCUCUGUUUAUUAUUUGGACAUUGACAAAAUGGAAUAGAAAAGUUUAACUAACAUUUUGUGCUUUUGAAAUAUUUUAUGAAGAUUUGUGUCCUACAGGAUGUAGCAUUAGUAACAGAUUUAACAGCUCUUGUAGAAUUCCAAGGGACACAGAAUACUGUAAAUGUUACUUAUCAUUUUCAAACAAUAAAGAGAUUAAACUUUA